AUGUUGAAAAGUCGAAUCGCGCGACAUUCUUUCCUGGUGCCCCAAGUGCAGGAUCGCGCACCUCGAAAUCUCACCAGAAAAAAACCUUUGUGCUCGAAGGUUCAUUUAUACGUCAUGUCACAGCGGCUCGGAAACUCGGUUGCGGCUCUCACGAGGGUAUGGCACCACGUAGACAUGGCUGCAGAUCCCAGAACUCUCGGACGCUUGGCGCUGAGCAUUGCCAUCACUCUACAAGGCAAACACAAACCGACAUUUUCACCCAAUCGGGACCAUGGAGAUUACGUUGUGGUGACUAAUUGUGCCCAUUUAAAGGUUAGUGGACGCAAAAUGCAAGACAAAUUAUACUGGUCGCACAAUACGAGGCCGGGAUCGUUGAAAUUGGUGCCAAUGGAGAGGAUGAUCGCGAAUAAAGGCUACAGUGAAAUCGUAAGACGAGCUGUAAAGAAUAUGAUACCUAAGAAUAAGUUACGACUCAUUAGAAUGGACCGCCUCAAGCUCUUUGAUGGAGACGAACACCCAUACAAGGAUAAUUUGAUUGCAUAUGCCGAUGAGGUUCCUGAGAUGAAGAAGAAGUUGGCCGACUUGAAUCGUAGAGAAGCAAAGUUGGCUGAGAUGCGGAAGAAGUAUUUGGAGAAUUAG